AUGGUCAAUUUCACCAUCCUCGCAGGCGGCUUCAGCUCGUUCGUGGUCAGCUACUUGCUCGAUUCAGAGGCCGGCACUUUGACACUUCUGAGAAACACGACGACCGGCGUCAAUCCGUCAUGGAUCGCGUCGCACCCCCAGAACACGAGCAUUCUCUAUGCUGUUAAUGAGAACUCGCCCGUCGGCGCGCUCCAAUCCUUCGAAGUUGAUUCGGAGGGCGGACUGACGCUCGUUGAUACCGUCACGUCUGGCGGCAAUGGCCCUACCUUCGCUGGCGUACUCUCCACCGGCGAGGUAACUGCCAUGAACUUCGGAUCGCCCAAUUGCUCCUUAGUAGCCACCGUCCCCGGCGACCCGCUGCGCUUCCAAACAGACUCGCCCGCUGUCCCAUUUCCCGUCCCCGACGGAGCGCCUUCCAACCCCCACAUGUCCCUCGAAUUCAACGGCGAAGUCUUCGUCCCCGAUCUCGGCGCAGACAAGAUCUGGCGCCUCGCUAACACCGGCGCGCCAGGAAACUUCGAAGUGCGCGGCCAAAUCGACAUCGACGUAGGCACGGGCCCGCGGCACAUCGCGAUCCUUGAUAACAUCCUCUUCACACUUCACGAGAAGACCUCGACGCUCACCGCGCAGCGCAUCCCCGAGGGGCCAAACGGCACGACUCUUCCGCUCAUCGCGAAUGUAUCAAUCGUCCCGCCGGGUCAGCCCGCUGGAGCCACGUUCGCGGCGGCGGAGCUACUCAUCUCUACCCCUUCAGAGAAGUUCCCGAAUCCCAUCAUCUACGCGAGCAACCGCAACAUUGGCAACGAAACAGAUCCACGGGGCGACGCCAUCGCCAUCUUCGAGUUCAUCAACCCUGCUGCACAGACCCAGGGCCCACUUCGUUUGAUCAAUCACGUCUUCACAGGACUCGAUCAGAUUCGCUCGAUGGCGCUGGGGUCCGUCGAUGCGGGCAGCGACGAGUUCCUCAUUGCUGGAGCGGCCAUCGGUGAGAAGGGCGUUGCGGUGUUCCAGAGAGUUGAUGGAGGGAGGAACUUGACGGAGGUUGCGAGGAAUACUGAUGUCCCCACUAGGACGAGCUUUGUGUUCUUGUGA